GUAAGCUCCAAAGCUUGGUGACAUUGAAAAAUUAUUCAACUAUUUUUGUGUGAAGUUUUGGUUUUUUCGAGCAGAGGCGUGGGAUUGAAAAUCUGGGAGUUUUGGUGAUUGAGGCUCACAUGUUGUAUUACUGUUUUGUUUAUAAUUCAGCUCUGCUAGCCUCUUGUAUCACUGCUCAGAAUGAACAACCAAUAUGGUGUCGAUCAAGAUGAAGCAAAAGUCAUUGGGUUUGAAGUGCCAAGAUCACCUGAUUCAAGUUAUAAUAAUGCCUACCCUGGGAGUGAAGAUGAUGCACGUGAUCCACCAGUUGUCCCUCCACACCUACAUCGUUCGUUGCUUAGCUAUCCCUCAAGUCUGAAUGCUUCUGGGAGUAUUCCUUCGCCAGAAAAUGUGAUUCUAAAUCAUCUUUACAUUGAGAACCGAGAAGCACCUAGAUCUGUAGUGGCACUUGGGUUUACUCAUCGUUUUCGUUCAAAGUAUGUUACUGUUGUCCUAUACAAACCAGUUCCAAGAAGGGGGAGUACCAGUUCUUAAGAUAUGAACAUCGAGUAGGCCUGUUGGGUUUGUUGGUUAGCCCUAGUGAUGGAAUAGCUGCAUUCGACUCAAAUAGGGAAUUAGGAGAAAGAACAUUUAUCGGUUUCACUUGAUGCCUUGGGGUUGUCCUUUGAAACCUGAAACUUAACAAUUGACAUGAAAUACCAGUUAUUGUGAUACAUGUAAAGCUUUAUUGUUUCUCUUUUAACCAGUAUUUGGGGUAUUGUGAGCUUGUUUGCUGCCUAGGAUGGUAGUAAAUACUUAAAAGCACUUGUAUUUGUGGGCAUUGAAUUAAUGGAUUAGUUUGUUUUGAUGGA